CACCUUACGAGGGCUGCACGCGGUGAAACUUAAUCAAGCGCCUUCUUUCGGUUAGGACGCGGUUGAACCGCGCUUUCGUGUGAGUGCAGGCCAGCCAACCGCUCGGGGACUUGUCAAUUGCCUUACAGAACACUCUUUCACUUGCCUGUUUGCCCUGUAGCCUCCUCAGCGUCCAUAAUCAGCACACGUUGACUGUGGCGCCUGCGAACGAUAACGAGCGCUCUCCCGUCCUCCGCACGCACCCUCGCACCUGCACUCCGAGCACCGCACCUCUUGGCCGGGGCGCCCCAUAACCUCAGCGAACGGCUCCCGAGCUGCAGAUAUCUCGACCGAACCUCCCUCCGAACACACUCCUAUCGAACGGCCCCGAGCCGUACCUACACCCACAAUGAAGGCUACGCCGCUGCUGGUGUCCUGGCACAACGAAAACGCACCCAUAUACUCGGCCCACUUCGAGCCCCACGGGAAAGGACGACUGGCAACCGCUGGCGGCGACAAUAAUGUGCGGCUCUGGAAGGUCGACAACAACGGGGAAGAGCGGAAAGUCACUUAUCUAUCGACACUUGUCAAGCACACACAAGCUGUCAACGUUGUGAGAUGGAGUCCGCGAGGUGAAGUACUAGCUACUGCAGGCGACGACGGCAAUGUGCUGUUGUGGGUCCCAGCUGAGAACCAGACAAAUACACACAACUUUGAGGAAGGCCUGGAGGACAAGGAGUCGUGGCGUGUCAGAACCAUGUGCCGGUCGAUAGGGUCAGAGAUCUACGACCUUGCCUGGUCUCCAGACGGUGUGUACUUUAUCACGGGCAGCAUGGACAAUGUUGCACGUAUCUACAACGCCCAGACAGGAGCUAUUGUACGGCAAAUAGCCGAGCACAAUCACUACGUCCAAGGUGUUGCAUGGGAUCCAUUGAACGAAUUCAUUGCAACACAGUCGUCCGAUCGAUCGGUGCAUGUUUACACCUUGAAGACCAAGGAUGGCCAAUUCGCACUCGACCCACACAACAAGAUCACGAAGAUGGACCUUCCCGCUCGACGCAUCUCCUCGAAUAGUCCCGCACCUCCUGAUUUUGGUGCUCGAGCUUCAUUCGCCGACUCGUCUAUAAGUAUUGGCUCGCCUGUACCAUCGAUGCCAGGUACUCCACAGUCUCUGGCCUUGCCUGCUAUGCACCCACCGCCUACUUCACAUAGUCGCCGCUCCUCCUUUGGUGCUGUGUCAUCGCCAUCGAUGCGACGGUCUGCCUCCCCAGCUCCAUCAAUGCCAUUGCCUGCGGUCAUGCCAAACUCCCCCAGUAUCAGCAGCAUCGGUACGCUUGGUGUGCGCAAUGCGCCCAUCUACUUCAAUGAGACAUUAACUUCCUUCUUCCGACGUCUCACGUUUGCCCCUGAUGGUAGCUUGCUCUUUACGCCAGCUGGUCAGUACAAAGCUGUUCAUCCAUCUUUGGCAGAUGUUGGCAAACCGACCGAGGACAUCACCAACACCGUGUACAUCUAUACUCGGGCUGGUCUGAACAAACCUCCAGUUGCGUUCCUUCCUGGUCACAAGAAGCCUUCCGUAGCUGUCCGGUGUUCACCUGUCUACUACACUCUGCGCCAAAACGGCCCGCCAACCAAGCAUGUUACCAUCGACACGUCCAUGGACGAUGACAUGCCGUCUCUGCCGGAGCCAGUCUUGCCGUCCGUACCUCCCACGUCACACUCCUCCAUGGACCCCCCACCACUCACCAGUGCGCCAUCGCCUGCACCGGUUGCAUCACCCGCACCCGCCGAUGGUGAUGUUCCGCCAUCAGCUUUUAGUCUGGGUUACCGCAUGAUCUACGCGGUCGCUACUCAGGAUGCCAUCCACAUCUAUGACACGCAGCAACAGAAGCCUCUAUGCAUCGUGAGCAAUUUGCACUUUGCCACCUUCACUGAUAUCACUUGGUCGAGUGAUGGAUCGACGUUGCUCAUGACUUCCUCAGAUGGCUUCUGCUCGGCAGUAACCUUUGCUGCUGGCGAAUUGGGAGACAAGUACACAGGACCGCUCGCUUCUCAAGCCAAGCGACAGGCGGCUCCAGCUGCGAUCAACGUCAAUGCCGCUCAGAUGUCUAAUCACUCAACACCCACUCCAACUCCAACAGGAACCAAUAUUCCCAUCCAAACCAUUGAGAAGGCACCCGCGAUGCAGCGGCAGCCUUCGGCUGGCUUUCCUGCAUCACCGAGUUCCUUCGUACCUGCAAGAACUGGUAGCCCGACUAGAAGCAACUCAGUCUCUAGCAUUGCAACCGCGUCAUCGUUUGCCCCUGGCGUCGGCGACCCGAGCUCAAUGAAUGCACCCACUCCAGCGAUGUCUUCAGUGCCCAGUCUUGCUGUGGCAAACUCGGGGUCUGUCCCUAUGUGGACACCACCACUCACUCCGGCACAUGGGCAAGGCAACACUCACAGUGCAAGCAGUUCUGUAAGCGGCAUCCCUGGUAUACCCUUGGUACGACGAGAGAGCGAGCAGAGCGAGUCAGGUCGUGAUGAUGCUGUGCCUAACACAAAGAAGCGCGAGCUGCAAAGUGUUCCGGAGGAAGAAGGGCGCGAGAACAAGAAGAGGCGCAUUGCACCGAUACCCGUUAACAUGGGUAACGAGAGCGACACUGCGAUUGUCAGUAAGGAAAACACACCGGCGCCUACGACAGAUGGUCAACAAUAAACUAGGAUAAGGCGUCUCGACUUCAACGCAUGGUUUGUAUGUCUUUCAGCGGGCGUUUGGGGUCAAAACUCCUGCCACAACA